AUGGCCAUGGUGAACCUCGUGUUCGGUCAAUUUAUCACUGUGAUCACCGAUUUCACCACAGGCGCAUCUUCGCCAGGAGAAUUUCGCAGCGAAUCAGCGCGACUUGCGCUCUAUUUCUUCAUAAUUGGCAUCGGCAGAUUUGUGGUUUCCUACGGUUACAGCACCCUGUUUACCCUCGCCGCAUACCGGAUCACUCGCAACAUUCGCCAUGCAUACCUAAAAGCAGGACUCACUCAAGAGAUAGCUUACUUUGACUCGGGCAUUGGCGGCUCGGUCGCGGUGCAAGCUACCUCUCAUGGUAGACUGGUUCAAGCUGGAAUUUCAGAGAAGCUUGGCCUCGUCAUUCAGGGUCUCUCUGCCUUCAUCUCAGCAUUUGUUCUGGCCUUCGUCACUAACUGGAAGCUAACCCUCAUCACCGGCUGCAUUGCACCAGCUACAAUCUUUGUGAUGAGCGUGGCAUCCUAUCUAGAAGCCGCGAUUGAGAUUCAGAUUCUCGGUUGGAACGCGCAGGCUGGAUCGUUUGCGGAGAGCAUUCUUGCUAGCGCUCGUACAGUCCAGGCAUUUGCGCUUCGAUCCAGGCUGAUCACGGACUUCAACACAUACCUCGAAAAGUCGGCCAAGCUUGGGCGAAAGAAGAAUCCUAUAUUGGGAUGCCUAUUUUCGGCGGAAUAUUUCAUUCUCUUUUCUGGCAUCGGACUUUGCUUUUGGCAAGCUAUUGGCAUGCUGGCGAGAGGCGAGACUAAAGCACCCGGAGAUGUCUUCAUUGUCCUGAUGUCCGUCAUCGUCGCAGCUUCGAGCCUGACCGCCAUUACUCCCUACCUCAUCGACUUCACCCGAGCAGCGACUGCAGCGGUAGAGCUUUUCAGACUCGUCGAUCGGAAGUCGAUAAUAGAUCCGUUGGACCAAUCUGGUGAUCAACCCCAAAACGUCACCGGCAACAUCGAUUUUGAGAAUGUCUCUUUCAAUUACCCCAUGCGUCCGGACACAAAAGUCCUCGACAACUAUUCCCUUCACAUCCCAGCUGGAAAGACGACAGCCUUGGUUGGUGCCAGUGGCUCUGGUAAAAGUACAAUUGUUGGUUUGCUGGAACGAUGGUAUAACCCUGCGUCAGGAACAAUCACCUUGGACGGAAGGCCAAUCGAACAGCUCAACCUCCAGUGGCUGCGGAAGCAGAUCCGACUUGUGCAGCAGGAACCGAUCCUUUUCAGUGGUACCGUAUACGACAACAUUGUGAACGGACUCGUUGGGACACCAUGGGAGAACGAGCCUCGUGAAGCCAAGCUGGCUCGUGUUCAACAAGCGGCAGAAAUUGCCUUCGCACACGACUUCAUCAAGACUCUCCCAAACGGAUACGACACAGUCAUCGGCGAACGUGGAGGGCUUUUGUCUGGCGGUCAAAAGCAACGUGUCGCUAUUGCUCGCAGCAUUAUUUCCCAGCCCCGGAUUCUUCUUCUCGAUGAAGCUACUAGCGCGCUUGAUCCCCAUGCAGAACAGGUGGUGCAGCAAGCUCUUGACAACGUCUCAAGAGGGCGAACGACCAUCACGAUCGCACAUAAGCUGGCUACCAUUCGAGAUGCUGACAAUAUCGUUGUCAUGAAACAGGGUCAGAUCAUCGAACAGGGCACCCACGACGCACUACUAGCAAUGAACGGCGCGUAUUCUCGACUCGUCAUGGCCCAGGACUUAGCAAUCACCGAGGAACCUUCUGACAGCACUUCCAAUUCUGACACCAUUGCCGAGGACGAAGACAAGUCCGUCCGACUCAGUCAUGCUUUGACAAGAUACUCCACCGCAACGCGACUCCGGGCGGAGCAACGAAUCGACAAGGACAACUUCGACAACUGGAAACGUGUUGGAUUUUGUGCCACGGUCUGGCGGCUUUUGAAAUGCACUCCCGAACUCCGGUGGUACUACGCAGCUUUAACUGCAGCAUGUUUCAUUGCGGCGGCGGCGUACCCCGGACAGGCUAUCCUGAUGUCAAGGUUCAUCGAGGUUUUCAAGUUCACUGGGUCACAGAUGCAGAAGAAGGGCAACUUCUUCGCCCUCAUGUUCUUUGUUGUCGGUAUUGGGGCCUUUGUGGUCUACUUUGUCAUUGGAUGGUGCUCGAAUACCAUAGCUACAGUCUGUUCUACCUCUCCUCUCAUGUCAUACAUGUCUUCAUUUAAGCUGACGCCUACCCAGACCUUCAACCAGAAAAUGCGAAGGGAGCUUGUGGAUAACAUGCUCAAACAAGAUCUUCAGUUCUUCGACCGACCGGAGAACACAACUGGGGCUCUGACGAGUAGGACGGACUCAUACCCUCAAGCUGUGUUUGAGCUCAUGGGAUUCAAUAUCUCUUUGAUUCUCGUGUCGAUUGUGAGCGUUCUCGCCUGCAGCAUUCUGGCGUUGGCAUACGGAUGGAGAUUAGGCGUCGUCAUUGUCUUCGCCGGCCUGCCCCCAAUGCUCUUUGCCGGUUAUGUUCGCAUCAGGAUGGAGUCUGCUAUGGAUGCAAAGAUAUCCAAGAGGUUUUCUUCCAGUGCCUCCAUCGCAUCCGAGGCAAUUACCGCCAUUCGCACUGUCUCUUCUCUGUCCAUCGAGAAGUCUGUUCUCGAAAGAUACACGAGGGAGCUAGAUCACGCCAACAGUUUCGCUCGGAGGCCGAUAUUGCUCAUCAUGCUGCCUUUCGCCUUCACACAGAGUGUUGAAUAUGCUUUCAUGGCUCUUGGAUUCUGGUAUGGCUGCCGUCUGGUAUCAUUCGGCGACAUGAGCACGGUCAAUUUCUUCGUCGCCUUCCUGGGCGUCUUCUUUUCUGGACAACAGGCCUCCAUUCUCUUUGGCUUUUCUAGCAGCAUGACGAAAGCUGUCAACGCAGCUAAUUACCUUUUUUGGCUGUCCGAACUGAAGCCAUCGAUUCGGGAAACUGAUGAGAAUGCAUGCGUUGGGCCCUCGGACUACUCAACAAUUGACCUUGAGCGCAUUAAGUUCUCUUAUCCUUUGAGGUCUGAAACAAAGGUCCUACAGGGUGUCGACCUGUCGAUCAAGAAGGGACAAUUUGUGGCCUUUGUUGGAGCAUCUGGAUGCGGAAAGAGCACUAUGAUUGCCAUACUUGAGAGGUUCUAUGAUCCAGUCAGCGGUCACCUGAGGGUUGAUUCUGUUGAUGUUGAUCGGAUGAACCCGUGGCUUUUCCGAAAAGACGUCGCACUCGUACAGCAAGAGCCUGUCCUUUAUCCAGGCACCAUCAGGCACAAUAUCUCCAUGGGUAUUCCGACAGAAGAUCCGUCAACCAUUUCUGAUGGAAGCAUCAUCGAAGCCUGCCGUAUGGCCAAUGCAUGGGAGUUCAUCAGCUCCCUGCCCGAAGGUCUCGAUACUCAAUGCGGAGCCAAUGGCACUCAACUUUCUGGUGGCCAGCGCCAGCGAAUCGCUAUCGCACGUGCCUUGAUCCGUAAGCCUCGUGUACUGCUACUCGAUGAAGCAACAAGUGCACUGGAUACACAAUCGGAGCGCAUUGUGCAAGAAGCGUUGAACCAGGCAGCUUCGUCUGGUGAGCGGAUUACCAUCGCUGUGGCACAUCGGCUGUCAACCAUCAGACACGCUGAUGUAAUUUGUGUUUUCCACGGCGGUAGAAUCGUUGAAAAAGGUACUCACGAGGAACUUUUGGCAAAGGGUCCCAUGUACAAGAAGAUGUGUGAGGCCCAGAGCCUUGGAACCUAG